CUCGGCUCGGCUCGGCUCGGCUCGGCUCGGCUGGGGGGAGGGGCGGAGCGUGGCGCGCAUGCGCGGAGCCGGGCGCACGCGCAGCGUGCCCCGCCGCUAUGAACCCCCUGACGAAGGUGAAGCUGAUCAACGAGCUGAACGCGCGGGAGGCGGAGCUGGGCGUGCAGGAGGCGGUCUCGUGGCACGCGGAGUACAAGGACAGCGCCUGGAUCUUCGUCGUAAGUACCGCAGCCCCCCGGCCCGAUGUGUCCCUGCCGCUGCCUCGGGUGCUAAGAGUGUGUUGCAGGUACGGGGAGGUUGUCAACAUUAACCUGGUGCGGGACAAGAAGACUGGAAAGUCCAAAGGCUUUUGCUUUCUGUGCUAUGAGGACCAGAGGAGCACCAUUCUGGCAGUUGAUAACUUCAAUGGGAUCAAGAUCAAAGGAAGGACGAUUCGAGUGGACCACGUGGCCAACUAUCGCCCCCCCAAAGAGUCCGAUGACUUGGAUGAUGUGACAAAAGCCCUGCAUGCAAAGGGUUGUGGAGUUAAAACGCCACCUCAUACGUCAUCCGAUUCCUUGUCGGAAGAUGAUGAUGUGCCCAUAAAAAAGCAAAAAGAUAAGGAGAAAAGCAGACAGGAGCAGCGCAAGCAGAGCUCACAGGCUGUGAAGAGGGUGGUGUCCGCAGAGGAGGCACAUCCCAGAAUCAAGAUUAAGAAGGAGAAGGAGGACCCUGCCUAUGAUCGCUACGCCAGUGGGAGCCAGCAGCCCUGGAAGGGCUCUGAGAGAAAGCCUGUGAGCAAGAUGCAGCGAGAAGAUGAAGAGCGGAGGCACCAGAGGCCUUCUGAGAGAAGAGGGGAAAAGAGCUGCCAGAACCAGAGGGGACAAAGUGGUUUGUGGGAAGAGAGGGAGAAGAGAGAGGAGGCUGGUAGGAAGGGCGGGGGGCACAGCAGCUGGCGAGAAGAGUGUCCCGAAGGAGGCAGAUCCUGGGAGCGCAGUGCCAGAGAGCCCCAUCCCAAGCACAGGGAGCGGGGCUCUGUGAGAGGCUCCAGCCGCUGCUGAGUACUCUUGGGGGCCGGGAGAGGCCCCAAGCCUGCCCAGAAUCCCACUUGGGGCAUCCCUGUGCCUCUUGGUGGGCACCACGGCUGGACUGUUUGCCUCCUGCAGCUUCCGUGGGAUUUCUUGUUCCAUCCUUGGAUGGGGCUGUCCUCACUGCCCAUGCUGUGCACCAGGGUGUGAGUUUUGUUGCCUCCAUGCAGUGUUGGGCUCGCAGGGUUGCUGGGACACUGUGCUGUGGCUUGAAGCUGGGAGCGGCAGGACGUCUCCUUCCCAAAACCACCCUGUCCCAUCAGUCAUGGUGGGGGUGUUCCGCUCUUGCACUGCAGGGAGAUACCGGCGAGUGCCUUGUUGGCCUCCCACCUUUGGGUCUUGAGUCAAUCCCAGCAUUUCUCCUGGCUUCUGCGAUGGACCUGGUGAGCUGUGCUGCCGUGUCAGGGUGAUUUACUCGUUUUUGUUUGUUGUGGAUUUUUUUUAAAUGCUUCUUAAUAAAAAGUUACCUGUUUA